AUGGGGGCAGUAGUGUCAUCAACCAACGGAAGUGAUGACGGUGGAAUUGUAGCCGAUUUAACACAUCCACUGAAAGGUGACUGGCUUAGUCAACAUGCAGUGGCUUGCAAUGUCUCCAAACAUGAGAUAGCGCUUAUGUGGGAGCAGUAUAAACAGCUAGGAUGCAAUGAAGACGGAGAACUUAGCGGCGAUGCAUUGAUGAAAGCUUGCAAAGCCAAUACCACGGCAACAAAGAUUGUGGAAAUGAUGCCAAGAUCCAAAGACAGCGUCUUAACAUUCCAGACGUUUUGCAACAUGUCACGCUGGCUGGCGGAUGCCUCAAUCGAGACCAAAGUUAGAGCUGCGUUUCAGUGUUUGAACAAAGGACAUCCUCUUGACAUCAUUGUAGUGAUGGAAAUCCUGAGUGAGAUUUACUGCGAUGAAAGUCAGGAAGUGAUUGAAAGGUCAGCCAAGGUGUUCAUGCAUCAAGUCGGAGAUAUGGCGACGCAUUCCAUCAACGAGCAGCAGUUUGUCAAGUGGGCCCGGCAGCUACCUAACGAUACACUACAGACCAUCAUGGAUUUCAAGUGUUCCCCUAAUGAGUCUCAAGAACAGGCUUCUAGUAGUAAUCCUGUCAAGAAAGACUCCAAGGAAGCUCCAAGCACUAAGCACAUGCUGAAGGUGUCAAGGAUGGCCAGUCGUAAAGACUGGGUGCUGCUAGCUAACAAGCUAGGCUUCACACAGGAUGAUAUCAGUCUGGUAAAAGAAGAGUUACCUGGGGAUGAGAAGGAACAGGUGCAGCAGAUACUAUCGUUAUGGAAACAGAGGGGGGAUGACCAGGCUACCUUGUCAGUCUUGAAGGAAGCGCUACGUGGAAGUGGUAUGGCUGAGAUUGCAGACAACCUGGACACCAAUGCUUAAUGGGUACCAGCCAAGGUGCCAGUAAUGACGUCACACUGCGUGUCGUGCAUUACAAACAAAUAUCGCAGACCAAAAGCUGUAAUUGUCUAUUACUAAUAUGGCAGCAUAUAAUUGUGCAGCAUAUGGAAAAGCAAUAUUAAUAGUCUAAUAAUAAGACUUUUAAUAUUGCUUUUCCAUAUGCUGCACAAGUUUAGCAGAUUCUGUGCCUAUUAAUGCGUAUUCAGGCCUAUUUAAACCAGAGGCCAAACUAUUGCAAUAACCUUGAUCAAGGCAUUCAAUGAUAGAGACCAAUGAUCGAUGGUCUGUAG